AAGAAUUAUGAUUUGCUUUGCUUUUCUUUGUGCUCUAUCGAUAGUGCAGUCUGCCAAUUCUGAAGAGAAGCAGCCUAAUAUCAUUUACAUUCUGAGCGAUGAUCUGGGACAUGGAGACCUUGGUUUUGCUGGAGGGAAAAUCAAAACACCAAACUUGGAUAAACUGGCAAAUGAAGGUGUGCUCCUAAAACAGCACUACGUCCAGCCGAUUUGCUCUCCCACCCGGAGUGCUCUAAUGUCAGGCAGGUAUCCAAUACACACAGGACUUCAGCAUUUCGUCAUUCUUCCAGGUCAACCCUGGGGGCUUCCUCUUGACGAGACUAUUAUUCCUCAAAUACUUAAGGAGUACAACUACUCAACUCAUGCUGUGGGAAAGUGGCAUCUUGGCAUGCACACAUGGUCCUACACCCCUGCACAUCGUGGGUUCGAUGACUUCUUUGGGUACUAUCUGGGAAGUCAGGACUACAACACCCACAUAAGAGGCGGAGGAUAUGAUCUGAGGAGUGAUUAUUGGGAUGAAAACGGUCAGUUCGUUGACGAUGUGAGAUAUGAUCUUAAGGGACAGUACAGCACGGAGCUUUACACUCAGCGGAUGGUAGAUCUGAUCUCUGACAAGAAGGCUCAAAAGAACCCCUUCUUUAUUUAUAUGGCCUAUCAAAACGUACACGCUCCUCAUAUGGUCCCUCAGAGGUACAUAGACCAGUAUUCGACCCAUAUAAAAGAUGGACAGGAGAAAACCUUCGCAGCGAUGGUCAGUGCAAUGGACGAAGGGAUAGGAAACAUAACCGCAGCACUGGAGGCAGCAGGUUUGGCUGAUAACACCGUCAUCGUAUUCAGCUCUGACAAUGGAGCAGACGUAGAAUGUGUAGAGACGGUCACUGCCAGUAAUUUCCCUUACAGAGGAGGCAAGCGUUCUCUUUAUGAGGGCGGGCUUAGAUCUCCUUCAUUUGUAUGGGCUGGAGGUCGACUAGCUCAUGCAACAUCCAACGCUCUCAUUCACGUUACUGAUUGGCUUCCCACAUUUUGGGGUCUUGCUAGUCUGCAAGGGAAGCUAAAGCCAAACAACCCCAUCAAAACUAAAUCACUAGAUGGUGUAAAUCAGUGGCAGACAAUAUCAGAGAACAAAGCUUCGGAGAGGACGGAGAUCCUGCUCAACAUUGAUCCUUAUCCCCAACGUUGUGGGCACCAGCUUCCUAACUACGGGAUCAGAUGGAAGGAAUGGAAACUCAUCUUAGGAUCAGGGGGUCCUCCGAACGGCUGGUACCCAGCUCCAAGACUGAACGAUCUCGAGACCGCGGACAGAACUUGCCACAAACCUAUCGCAGGCCUCGUGGAGCUAUACAAUAUCGAGCUGGAUCCUUACGAACGUAGAAAUGUGUCCGACCGCUACCCUCACCUUGUAAAGAAGCUAACUCACAAGUUGAUGGCGUACAAUGCAACUGCUGUUCCACCAGGGAACAUGGCAACCGACCCAGCUUCCGACCCCAUACAUUUCAACCACACAUGGAUGCCUUGGAUGGAAGAUGGGGAGGAAGUAGGGGAGAAUUUGAGGAAGAACUUGUGGGAGAUGGAAGAGUACAACUGGGUCCAAAUGGAGGUGGAAGAGCUGCCGGACCCUUGCUACCAGGUUGUGAAUAAUGGUGUAGAUUUAUGAGCUUCAACAAACUAGUUCAGAGUGAUCAAUAUGAUUUAACGAACAACUAUGAACUGUGCUUAUUUUUUACUUUUCCAUGGUUAUGUCAAUAAAUCUAACAAGAUUUUAACAAGGUAGAAAAAAAUGAAAGGUUUCGCUUAUUGUUUGUAAAAAGUAGGUGCUUGAAUUUUGUUGUGUUCUCUGAGCCAUUAUAGUAAUCAUUUAUUUUUUAUUUCUUUUCUAAAAUUUUAGAAAAUCUGUUAAACAGAUAGUUAAUUGGGAAUGGAAGCAUUCAGUAAAAUAA